CCCCACGCAGCCGCUCGGGCAGGCGGAGGCGGCGGCUGGCGCUCGGCAGGGUUGCAUAUGAUGAGGCUUUUAUUAUGGCCAGUGACCCCUUGGAAGGCUUUCAUGAAGUGAACCUAGCUUCGCCCACUACACCAGAUCUUCUUGGCGUAUGUGAGUCAGGGACUCAAGAACAAACUACCUCUCCCAGCGUUAUCUAUCGGCCCCACCCAUCUGCUGUGUGCUCCCCACCUAUUCAACCCAAUGCAUUAAAUGUUUCUGAUCUUCCCACACAACCUGUUUAUUCAUCUCCCAGGCACUUAAAUUGUGGAGAAACAUCGGGUAUCAGCAUCAAUGUUACCGACACGGUACCUUGUUCUACCUCUGGACCCCAGAGUGGGUCAUUCAAUCACAAUAAUUCCAGAAAGGAGAGCAAUAAUGCAGAGAGAGAGUUUUUGCAGGGUGCUACAGUAACAGAUGUUCGUGAAGGGACUGAAGAUAUUUUUGGUCUGAGUACAGACAGUCUGUCUCACUUACGGAGCCCAUCUGUACUGGAAGUAAGAGAGAAGGGCUAUGAAAGACUGAAAGAAGAACUUGCGAAAGCUCAAAGGGAGCUGAAGUUAAAAGAUGAAGAAUGUGAAAGGCUUUCUAAAGUGCGAGAUCAACUUGGACAGGAAUUGGAAGAACUUACAGCUAGUCUGUUUGAGGAAGCGCACAAAAUGGUGAGAGAAGCUAAUGUCAAGCAAGCCACUGCAGAAAAACAGUUAAAAGAAGCACAGGGAAAGAUUGAUGUUCUUCAAGCUGAAGUAGCAGCUUUGAAAACACUAGUAUUGUCCACUUCACCAACGUCACCAACGAAAGAGCUUCAGUCUAGUGGAAAAACUCCCUUUAAAAAAGGACAUGCAAGAAACAAAAGCACUAGCAGUGCAAUUGGUGGCAGUCAUCAGGAUCUGACUAUGGUGCAACCCAUUGUAAAAGAUUGCAAAGAGGCAGACUUAUCUCUGUAUAACGAAUUCAGAUCAUGGAAGGAUGAACCAACUAUGGACAGGACAUGUCCUUUUUUAGACAAAAUCUAUCGGGAAGAUAUCUUUCCAUGUCUAACCUUCUCAAAAAGUGAGCUAGCUUCAGCUGUUCUGGAGGCUGUGGAAAAUAACACCCUGAGCAUUGAACCACUUGGCUUGCAACCUGUUCGAUUUGUGAAAGCUUCUGCAGUUGAAUGUGGGGGACCAAAGAAAUGUGCUCUCAGUGGACAAAGUAAGUCAUGCAAACAUAGAAUCAAGUUAGGGGAUUCAAGCAGCUAUUACUACAUUUCUCCUUUUUGCCGAUACAGAAUUACUUCUGUGUGCAACUUCUUUACCUACAUUCGAUACAUCCAGCAAGGGCUUGUAAAGCAGCAGGACGUGGAUCAGAUGUUUUGGGAAGUUAUGCAGCUGAGAAAAGAGAUGUCACUGGCAAAACUUGGAUAUUACAAGGAAGAGGUCUAACUCCCUACCGUCUGAUGCAUGCAUGAACUUCAGUGAAUACACAUAACUCUAAAUUGGCUCCCUUUUUUUGUCAUUUGAUAUUUAUUUCCAAGAAGUGGGUCCAAGAUCUUUCUCCUUUUGCAAAUUGCACUAAGAAGUUACUGUGAUUUGUUUUAAACUGACCUAUGCUGUGUAUGCUUACGUAACAUUUUAGUUGAACAAAAUGUGGCAAGCACUUGCAGGUGUAUUAGUGAUUGUAAUUUACAGUUGAAAACAAAACCUCUGAUUAAAUAAAUGUUAGAUUGAAAAUAAAUAUAUUUCUUUUUCUUCAGUAGAGUUUAUAAUACAGCAUUGCCACAGAAAAAAGGACAAAUACAAUCACCUCAAACACUGUAAUCUUUAUUGUACUUACUAGAAAAGAAUUGCUGAUACAUAUAAAAAGAAUAAGUAGAUGUCAACUUUUACUAAAAAGUGAGAACAAAUAUCUAUUUCAGUUGCAGUCGAUUGUAGUAUCUAAAAUAGUGGGUUUUGAGGCACUCAUCAUUGGAUUUUAGGCACCCCUCCUUAGCUUUUGUGAAUUGAGUAGUGCAGUUUAUAGAUUAUAGUGCUUGCUUCUUUGCAGAGAGGCCAGGCUAGGGGGGAUGGGGUGUGGUCCAGGCAGAGACAAGCCUGGGCCUGUGCUUAUCCACUUAGUUCAUCUGCUUAUCUCCUAACAUCUCAUGGCACCCUUCAGAAAAUCUGGUGGCACCCCAGGGUGCCCCCAGCACCAUGGUUUGAGAAUUGCUGAUCUAGAAAAUCAACACACAUGGAAAUAACCAGAAUGAUUUGGGGUUCUCCUAACUUUAAAACAAAAUUGCCCUCUCUGACAGCAAAUCUACUGUACUGUACAGAAGUCUGCAAGAGAGAUUUAGGUACUUUGCCUUUAAUUUUUGGCAUCUCUUGCUGUUCUCCAUGAAGGCAGAGUGAUACGGUUCACUACUUGAACACAUUAGAUAUCAAACCUUUGUCUAACUUUGUCAUAAGCACCUUCUGGUCAUUCCAUCUUUUUGUCUUCUCCCUUUAUUCUUUAUACUUACCUUUGUUCUCUCUUUAAAUCUUCGUCCUUUAUCUCUACUUUUUGGAGCAUCCAAAUAAUAAUGUCAUGCGCAUCUGUUUCCACCAACUGUCCCUGCACAUGUGAAUCAUUUAAGCACUUAUUGGAUAGUACCUUAUGAUAUGGUUAUUGCUGGCAGUUCCUCUAUCUGUAAAACUGAUGAAAAGAAUCGUAUCUCCUUAAGAAAAAUGCCUCUAGGCUGAAGUACCACUUGGCUUGCUCCUGCCAUUCUCCCCAAGGUUUCUCUAGUUUGGUGGCAGACAAUUGAUUGGGAUAAAUGGAAUGUUGCCAGUGAUGAGUAGCAGAUUUAUCGUGCACUAAGCACUUCGGGGAAAGCAUGGCUUGUUUUUGAUUAUGACAGCAAUUUGCCAUUUGCAAAUAUCAUAAGAUUAUUGCUAAAUAAACCAAUGAACAAUUAAA